AUGGGAAAUGCUGUUAAGGAGGUAUUCACAGCAGCUUGGCAUGGACUGUGCACUCAUCACAUAAUGCAAAAUGCUGUCAAGCACUUAUGCAAAAAGAAAAAAGAUGAAGUUGAAGAUGAAGAAUCACAUAUUUUGACAGAUUUUAGUGCUUGCAUGUAUAGCAUUGAGGACAAGAAAGCCUUUGAAGAAGCAUUUAACAUCAUGAGGAGUAAGGUUGACAAUAAGAGGGUGUCAUGGCUUGAUAGCAUCUACAAGUUCAAGGAAAAAUGGGCUGAAUGUUACAUGAGAGAUGUUUUCACUUUGGGUAUGAGAAGCACACAAUUAGAUGUUUUCACUUUGGGUAUGAGAAGCACACAAUUAAGUGAGAGUUUCAAUAGUGACUUGAAAAAUCAUCUGAAAUCAGAUUUUGACAUCAUUCGGUUCUUAAAGCAUUUUGAAAGAGCGGUGCAAGGAAAAAGAAACAAAGAACUAGAUGAAGAAUUUGAAGUUAGGAAAAAACUACCUAGAAUAAGAAUGAGGACACCUAUGCUAGUGCAAGCAAGCAAACUUUACAGCCCUCAAAUAUUUGAAGCAUUCCAAGCUGAAUACGAGAGAUCCAUGGCAGCAUGCACUAGAGCAUUGGAUGAAAAUAACAAGUAUGCUGUUUCUAUUAUGAGGUCUAAUGGUGAUUUAAGUUCUGAACAAGAGCGCAUAGUUGUUGGUGAUCCUCAGAAGCAAACAGCUUCAUGCAACUGUGAGCAGUUUACAAGAACCGGUGUUUUGUGUGGCCAUGCUUUGAAAGUUCUUGACUUGAUGAAUAUCAAGUUAUUGCCCAACCAUUACAUUCUGAAGCGUUGGACAAGGAAAGCCAGGUAUGGAACUAUACAAGACAACAAAGGAAGGAGCAUAAUUGAAAAUCCAAAACUAGAUGCUAUGCUCCGCUACAGGUCUAUGUCUCAUAAAUUUCUAAACUUGGCAUAUCAGGCUGCAAGCUCAAUAGAGUGUUGCCUUUUGGUAGAUAAUGCACUUGAUUGUCUUAGUAAUCAACUGAAGGACAAACUCAGUGUAUCUACAAGUAUUUUGUCUGAUUCAUACAAUGUCCAGCCUAAUAUUCCACAAGAUGAAGACAUGCUCAGUGCUGCACGCUUAAAGAAAAAAGACAUUCAACCAAAAAAUCCGAAGAGACAUAGAAGUUGGCUUGACAAGACUCGAAAGUUCACAAAGAAAGUACCUAAUGAGUCUAAUCAUGAAGAAAAUGCUGGUGGUGUUCAAACUCAAGAAUCCAUGGAUAAUGCUCAAAACAGCCAUAAUACCUUGCUCUUCGGCAGCCUCACAGAUUUGCUAAUGGAUUCUAGCACAAUUGACUAUAUGUCUAUUCCAGAUCUUCUUUAG